UUAACAUAAACACCGCAGUCGUGAACAGGCCAAGUUAUCACGAAGGAAUGUUUUGCUUCAGACUAAACACUGGAAUUGACUACAAACGUUCGGAAGAUGUGAUUACAAAACAAAGGCUUUGUAGAUGUAGAUGGCGUUAUACCUAAAAUGAAAACUUAUCGCAGACUUUGAAUGAUAGAACAUUUAUAUGUCAUACGAAACCAGCACUGACAUUAAUUGACUAUGGCUACAUCUACCAAUGAAAAGGAUGUCAACUUUACUUAUGAUAAAACCAAAGAAACGACUAUGAGAGAGUUCUUUGAUCAGUACCGAACCACACUGCCACAACUAGUGAUCAUUACCGAAGGUCAUGACAACGGCGAAUCAUGUGAAGACAUGAGCUCUGACGAAGUGUAUUGGAUUCACAAGCUUUCGAAGCAAUGUCGAGUAAUGGCUGAAACAGCAGACAAUGACAACACAUAUUUAUCUAUCCCAGUGCAGACAGACACCAAGUUCUUUGUUGUUCGGGAGUCAGGCAUAGGAAACAUUCCGCAGACACUUGCAGAAAUAUUGAUUGAGAAUAACGACUUCCCGAUAAAAAUCCUAAAAGAAUCCGACGCAAAGACAACACUGACGUUACGAGAGGCAUAUAUAGAAUUCUACCUCGCCGGCAAUUGUUUAUCUGAAGGUCGUCUGUUGGAAGUACCCGUUUACACAGCACUUUCUUCUGUGAUAAAAUGUGCCAUAAUUACGGGCAUCGAAGGGAAAUCUCAAGUGGAGUUUCAAGAGAAACUUCGUGAAUUUUCAAAUCUUAUAUCGCAGAGGAAUAUAAAAUUUGACCUUACCGCAGGAAGCAAAGGAACAAGGCAAUAUCAAAAUCCGCCAUUUACAGGAACCGGUUUGGCACAACGUGACAGCAGUUAUUGCGUUAUAGAAUGUAGCUCCACUAAGGAUCAUUUGUACAUGGAACCAUGCGAUAUCCAGAUUCAACCUAGCCUACCAAAAAGAAAGGAAUUCAUUGGAAUAAUUAAUAAAGAAAAACGUGUUUAUGUCAAGACUUUAGAUAAUACAAAGACACCACUUGUCGAUAUGCAAAGUAGCGUGAUGUCAGCAGCUAAAAAUACAUGUGCAUCCACAGGUGAGUCCGAUAAAGGAAAAAAACAAUAUCAUGAUAGAAAAUGUAAAAGGCAACCUCCACCGUCAGUUCAUCAGGUACAUUCAAUAGGUCUGCAAAGAUAUGAAAGAGAAAAAACACAACCGCCAGCUUUGCCCCCUCGAGUUCCUGUGCGUCCAGCAGACAGACAAAUGCAUGAACGUGAACGGGACGAAUAUGGUGUUCAGGAAAAUCGAACAUUCACAAUACAACCACAACCUGUACCCAGUCGAAGUCGCGCGCACUUUGAGGACAAACAAAGAUACGAACCUGAUGGAGAGGAAACAGAUAUUCAGCGAAAUCAAGAGUCUAGUAAACAUAAUCUACAUGAACCCCUAGUGCAUGUAAAGGGUGCUAAUGUUCAAGAGGAUCUCGAAUCCAUGUCUGUGAUUGAUGUCAAGUCUCGUUUGGAACAGUUAGGAAUAAGAACAAAAGUAGUAAAAACAUUUGAAAAGAGACGGAUCGACGGUAAAACAUUAAAAAAUCCGUCACUGACUGAUGAUAUACUAAGAAAAGAAUUUAAGCUAGAAGAAAUCGAUUUGAUAAAAUUACGGCAAUAUAUUAACAUUGGCCACAUACCAAAAUGAAGUUUUGAAAAUAAUUCAUCUCUAAAUAAUACAUUCUGGUUGACGUUAAAAUUCACAGAACAAAGUGAUGAUGCAGUUGAGAUUUGUUCUGUCAUGAAUAUGCUGUGUCAGCCGAAAAGCUUGUUAGGUAGGGGCUAUCCAAUCACCUGUUGUAUUCUAAUUUCUCUUUACAUUAUAUUCGUGUAAUUGACAUAUUUGUCCUUACUUAUGAAAUAUAUUAUAAUGUACUGAUUAUCUUAAUUAUAAACAAAUCUAGUUAUGUAUUAUCUUA